AUGGUGAAGGGAAUCGACGACUUGAGAGUUGUAGAUCUCAAAGAUGAAUUGAAAUCGAGAGGGGUUCAGUUUGAAUCCAAGAUGAGAAAGGCACAUCUCAAGCAGUUGCUAGAAACGACGAUGAGCGAGUCAGGGCUGGACUCUUCCUUGUACGACUUUGAAGCAAACAAAACUAUUUCUGAAACGCCGCAGAAAGCAGCGACGCCAACGAAAAGAAACGACACACCAGCAGUGAUGACUCCACGAAGAUCGAGGCGCAUUUCCGGACAAAGUUCAGACGGCGAAGCAUCCGACGCCGAGAGCAAGCCAGUCCGACGAAAGCUGUUGAAGAAUCUGGAAUCGGUUCAAGAAGAGCCAGAAGAAACACUUCCUGAGACAAUGACAUCGACCCCAAGUGUUCGGCGAUCGAGACGGCUGUCUAACCAAAGUGUCGAAAACGAUCAAGAGCAGGAGGCGCAGAAACUGCCUUCUCUCCCAGAAGCGAUUGUUGAGGAAGACGAGGAGACAGAAGAAAAAGAGAAACCCGACGAAACGAUAAGCAGCAAUGCCAGCAGUCCGAUUAUCAAAGUCAACCUUAAACCUUCGGCGAUUAUUAUCGACUCGGAACAAGAACCUGACGUGACUGAAGAAGAAGCGGUAGAACCAAACGUUUCUGAAGAAACAGGUGAAGCAGAAUCUCCUGUUGAGAAUGUUGAGAAGAAAAGUACUGAAGAAAAGAAGAUAGAUUCGACUGAGAAUCAGGAAUUAGAGAAGAAAGCUCAAGAUAAAGAAACUGAAGCAGAAGAUUUGGAGAAUACGGAAGGCACGCCAGUAAAUGUCAAAGAAGCUCAAGAAAGUGACGAAACGAACGAUGCCAUCAAAUCUGACGGCGAAGAAGCUGAAAAUAUCGCUGACAGCUGCACGAAGAGUGACAACGAUGAAAUAUCGACACCAGAAGAUGAAGGAAUCCACAUUUCAGAAGAGCUCAACCCGGCGAUAUUCGAAGCCCUUGAGAAAUCGGAAAAUACUCGAAAGCGAAAGAUAAAAUGGGCAUCUAAGAAACGACCGGCGAAGAAAAAGUUGACCGCGUUUCCGGAUGAUCGUGGGAUUCAUGCGAUGCCCAGCAGGUUCGUUGACAAGAUCGAUUCUCGCUGCCAGAGCGCCGUCGACUUUCGGAACAAAAUGAUGGGCCGACACGAUCAAGCAAGAAUGUCCAAAGAGAAGUCGCUGAUACAGAUGAUCGAAAAAGGCCAGAGCAAGAAAAUGUUCAAAAACUCGCUGAAGGAAAAGAACAGAAAAAUCUUCCAGAGAGAGAAAUUCGAAAGACUCAAGAAAGAACGAAAAGAAAAGAAGAUUCAAUCGUCUGCAAAGAUAGCUGCCAAAAAUUAA